AUGAUUGUUUUACAACCCACUCCUAACGACAUCCACCACAGUUUUACAACAACCAGGAAUACCGAUCUGUCUAAUCCAGUUAUUGCGAAUUAUACCGCAAUCGAACAUCAUCCUAUCCAAACUUCUAUGUAUCAGUCGGCCUCCAUUCAGGCUCAGCAAUCCUUCGCAUAUUCUAACGCUCCUACAAUAACCAACACUCAUCAACAAUACUCGGCAUUACACUCAAGAUCCUCUUCCGAAUCUUCAUUAUCCAGGAAUUCACCAUCCGAUAACACUUUCAUCGAAUCUACUUCAUACACACUUUCCCCAUCAUCCUGUAGAUACGACAACUCGAAUAUGUCAACCACAAAUAUGCCUGCUCAAGACACUCGAUCAUCCCCCCUUCAAAAUCAAGGUACACCGGUGAUUCAUACGUCGGGAGAAAGUAUCGGGCAAACAUAUACAAUCAGCAACGAUCCUCGUGCAUCUGUCACGGUCACAACACACAACAACUCUUCGACACAUUCUCAGAACACAUUAAGUGUUAAGGCAUCAUUACCUUCACUAUCUGAGGUUUUGCCUUCCCAAACAUUGGCAAUGCAGGCUGUUUCUCAGCAAACGACUCCCUCUUCUCCUACUGCAUCUCCCACUCAACCGCAAUUAGUACCAAACAUACAACAGCAUUCUCAAUCUAACAACCUUCACAUGACUAUGACAGCACCGACUACGCAAUCGGUGUCUGGAUUCUACCAACCGAUACAACAGUAUUCCGAGGUAAACGCAACGUAUACCAACUCCCCUGCAGAUGGGAAUUAUACAACGCAGCAAUCUUUAAUGACGCAAAAUCAACAACAAACAGUUUCUCAACAACCUAUCAAUCAGCUUAAUCAACAAAAUAUUGGUCAGACUUCUCAGUUGACAACACUGGUGGAUCCGCGCACCCUUCCUCCAAUCGUCGGCAAUACUACUGAAUUGCCUGCCAACCUCUCGAAUUCUACAGCGCUUGUUGACGCUGCUGGUCGUCGACUUACCCUCAACACUGGAGGCAUAACGGUUAAUGGCACAGAGACGUCCUUGGGUGCUAACUCAUCAACAGGAUCACAUAUCAUGCAUUCUGGACACGGAGCCCCUUUAAACUAUUCGCCAGCAGCGUUCUUGAAUGGCGCUUUUGUGACUGCAGCUCAAGUGAAUAACGUGCUAAUGACAUCGUCUCAACGUACUAUGAGCAAUCGGUCGGCAGAUCGGAUGAACGGAAGAGACCUUGACAAUGCGAGUAUACCAGCAAAUAUCGAACGCCCGCAGAAGGUGUAUUCAUUUGUGCCUUUGCCAGGAAUUAAUACUAAAAAGCGACCGCGAAGACGUUAUGACGAGAUUGAGCGUCACUAUUCUUGUAAUUGGCCAGGCUGUUCUAAAAGUUAUGGUACACUAAAUCACUUGAAUGCUCACGUUCAAAUGCAGAAACACGGGCCUAAGCGUAAUCCAGCUGAAUUCAAGGAGCAAAGGAAGAUAUGGCGAAGACAGAAACGAGAAGAAGAGGAGCGCAAGGCAGUCGAAGCAGCAGCGGCCAAACAAAGUGCGGCCGUUGUGACUGCAGCAGUAGUCAACUCUGGGUUGGCCAGUUUACCCGGUUCCAUAUGA